GUUAAGGGUGGUAUUUAGUGGCAUAUCAUUAUGUCACGAAUUGUUAAGCUUGUGUAAAAUUAGUAAAAAAAAAAUCUGUAUCUUACGCAGCAAUAUGGAAUAUGGUGGAAUCUUAACGAUUGGAGCGAGAGACAGUAUUGCUUUAAGUAAUAGUAACUUCCUCUCCGCGUUCGUUUGGCGAACUCAGUGUAGCCGUUUAACCAUCUUAUAAUCAGAGAUAAAGUUUAAAGUGGAAAGAUAACGCAUAGGCUAAAAGAACACAAGCUGUAUCAUACUGUUAUCAGCAGUGACCAGGCAACCCUUGGUAUUUUCUUGCUAGCUGUUGGAAUAUGCGGGACCUGACGAUGGUUUAACUGUAGCUAGUUCGCUAGCUAGCUAGCUUCACUCCUCUCUUUUGUAUGCUUCAAAUUUUAUUCGUUUUCCCAUGGGAGAAAUGGUUGACAGUCGAAGUGGAGCGCAUGUCGUCAUUUCACUUGCUGAGAAUGAGGGGACAGACCCACACGUUAUACCAGCACCGGUGCCACCGUUUUUGGGAAAAUGUGGCGCUUGCGGGACAAUAUUCAGGCCUAAUCGAAGUCCACAACUUCUUCCUUGUUUGCAUUCUGUGUGCAAAGCGUGCGUACCACAGCCCGGUGCUGCAGAGACCAUCAGAGAGUGCCCUGUGUGUAAAAGGUUUUACACUCUCCUGGAGGUCACUGAUAAUCCCUUUCUUAAGGAAUGUCCCUCCGGGUCAGGCACCCAUACAGUUAGCAAGUGUGCGGGAUGUGAGGAGACGGCCGUCAGUGGGUGGUGUGUGGAGUGCGGUGAGGCGUUGUGCUCUAUCUGUGUGUCUGCGCAUCAAAGGGUCAGGGUGACCCGUGAUCACACCAUCCUGCCACAGAUACUGCCCUCAGGAUUCACCCCCACUGUGUUUUGCCCUACGCACAGAGAAGAACCAAUGAAACUGUUCUGCAUGACUUGUGAUAAACUAACGUGUCGAGAUUGUCAGCUGACUUACCACAGGAAUCACAGUUAUAAGUUUCUAGACGAGGCAAUAUCUGCUCAACGAGAAGAGAUUGAGUCUCUUAUGAUGAGAGUAAGGCAGCAGAGAGAGACAGUGAAACAGAGCCUGUUGGACUUGGAUGGAAGACUGCUGGACUUGGUGGAAGUAAAAUCCAGAAUGAAGGCUGAACUUCAGAAAACGCUUGUCUAUAUUCGCUAUGCUCUGAUGAAGAGGGCGAUGAGGCUGUUAAAGGAUGUGCAGCUGUUGUGUGGAGGUGAGGCAGAAAGAAUCAGAGAGAAACAGGAUAUUCUGAGGGGUCUCAAGGAGAGACAAGAAUACGUUCUAGCCUUCAUGGAGAAAGCCCUUGAAACUGACGACCACUUUGCUCUGCUCUCCUGCAAAAGACAGAUCCACUCUCAGCUGCAAGAUCUUUUGUCCCAGAAUGCAUUGCCUGCAGCCGCUAUGAUGGAGGUGACCUUCCACUGUGAUCAGGAUUCUUGCAAUCGCAUUGCCACUUUUGGUAAAAUUGUGUCCAAGGAGGUCCCCUUUUGUCUUUCAAAUUCUAAAACUGUUCAAAACAAGUCUGUGGAUCGCCCACUUCAAACCCAUAAUGUAAACGACCAUCACCACCCCAUUGCUCACAUCUCGCCCUUUCCCUUCUCCAGUCACCCCCCUACUUCUACCCCUGUUUCCUCCACUUCCUCCCAUAUCCAAGUCACAGCCACUGUUUCCCACCCACCUGCUUCCUCUAUCCUAACCUCCUCUCGCAGUGCAUAUUCACCUACAAACUCCAGCGCUGCAUCUUCUCUCUCUUCAGUUUCAUCACCUGUUCCUCAGCCCUCCACUCUCUCAGACACUCGUCUUCAGCAGUCAGCUCCAUCUCCCCCUUCCUCUUUGUCACGCCCUGUCAAAUCUCACACUUUGCCCUCUAAGCUCCGCAAGCAUAAACAAACCUGGUCUUUUCACCCCUAUCAGCCGAAAUGUCCCAAACCGGCUCCCAGACAAAUUCGUUCUCCGGAACCCUCUCCACCCCCUGUAGUGGUCAGCCAGCCUCCCACCUCAUCCCUUCCCACGGUCCCAGAACCUCAGUCCUCUCCUGUCACCUCACCCCCCUUAAUCAUGGUCCUGUCUCCUCUCGGCACAAACAUCCUGGAUAUGAAUCCAGAGAAAAGCAAUGGACACACUGUACAAACUACCAACAGCGUCAACGUACCUGAUGCUAUCCAAACUGCUGUCCUACUAGAACAGCAAGACAACCUGCUUUCUAACAACCCGCAGUGCAUCCCUCCUGUCAAAGCACCAGCCGAUUCCCCCUGCGAGAGGGCUCCCCCUGCUGGCUGCGAGAGGGUCACAGAGCCGGACCCUCAUGCCACCGAGAACGAGCCCUCCUCCACUGUGACAGACACAGACGCAACGCUUCCAGUGGAGAUGUCAGACACCACGGACGCUGAGCUUGCAGCUUCUGAAAUGCAACCCCUCAGCGGCUACGCUGUUAAUAAGGACAGUGUGUCAUCCAAUGGAACCGCUGCCCACAUCACCGCCAGAGGUGCACCGGCUGAUGGGCUCAUGACCACUGUUACUGCUGGCACUGCACCAGGUGAUGGUGGCACAGGGAGCCACACACCUGCUAUACCUCCAGACUGGACCCUUACACCUGUCAGUGCUGACCAUGGGAGUGGCAGUGCACACCAAGAACCUCGGCCUGCUGCAGUGAGCACUCUCCAGACACAGAAUGGAAUGACAGUGAAAUCCUGCCAACAACCUAAUUUGUCCCCUACGACUCAGCUCAGCCUACCACUUGGUUCUUUCACUCCAGAAACCCAUGCGCCAGUAAAACAACACAACCUCCACCCAGUGAAACCAGAGCAUGGAGAAAGUGAGGCCUCCAACUCUGUGAACACUGACUCCAAGACAAUACCCAUUCAGCAAGAGUUGCCCCAUAGAGCCACACCUAUUCCAGUACCUUCCAGUAUCUGUAAAUUAGAGAAUGGUAACACCAGGUUGCCUACCGGCUUUAAGGAUACUCUUGAAAUGCCUUCUCCAAGCCCCACUCUGACUGAUUCGGUUGCCCUUGAUAAAGAAGAAUUCUGGAACAUCCAGCAGCCAACAGUUUUACAAGAAAUACUGGUGAGAAGGCCCACCCAGAAAGAAUUAGUAGAGCAGAGAGACCAGCGCAGCUCUAUUGAAGAGGUAAAGGAGACCGAUGACGAUAACACAGAUUCCAAGAAUGCAUGUGAGCCCAGUGGACCACUUAGCAGGCAAUGGAUUCCUCAGGUCUCCAUGCUGAGGAUGCCCAUCUCUCUGCCUCCCUCCGGAAGCCCGCUGCCCCAGUUCCGCCUUCUUCCUGGUGCAGCAGAAGAUGAAAUCCUUCUUCAGGUGGUCGAAGAGGGUGAGCUGUCUGUCUCUCUGGACCAGGGUUUGGACAGCUCCUGCCCCUCUCAGCCCCUGCCCCUCAGCCAGCCUUGCAAGGUCGUGAAGGUGUGCUGUGCAGCCUGCCGGACCACUGGGGCACUGACGCUGUGCGUGGCAUGUGGGAGGGGCUUCCACCGAGACUGUCAUCUCCCGACCAUCAGCUCCACCGCCAGGGAGUGGCAGUGUACGUUGUGUAGAGACCUGUCUGACGCAGAGGACCUAUUCAGCGACGAGCGACCAAAAAGACCCUCCCUGAGCCUUCUGGAUCAGAGGAAAUGCGAGCAUCUCUUACUUGCGUUGAUGUGUAAGACGUAUGGAACCAUCCUCAAUGAGACAGUGGAGCUCUCCUCGCAUUAUAUCGACAUCACACUGAUUCGAGGGCGGCUGCUUCAGAAACUGUCUCCCCCGUAUCGCACACCCGCUGAAUUUGUCUCUGACAUGUGGGUCUUCUUGGACACUUUGUUAAAGAAUUCAGAGGAAACAGACUUGGUUGUGAAGAUUCAGAAAUGCUUCCAGAAGAAGCUGGGCAAAGUUUUUGGGAAGACCCUCCAUCCCUCCCUCUUGAAACGUCCUGAGAGAGAGGGGAGCGGUAGCGUGGGAGACGUGAACACCGAGAGGGAGAGGGUGAGCGAGACUCUGAAGCGGAUGCGGCAGUUCAUUAAGGCAAACCGUGGGUCGCUGCCCAAAAAACUCCGGCAGGAUGUGGAAGCGGAGACAGAGGAAGAGAGCCAAGGAGCCGCAUAGAGAGCCUGACUUAGCACAGUGUUUUAUUGGGACUGCGUGCUGGCAUACAGCUUAGGGAUCUACCUCAAGGCCUUGUUUUCCUGUGGAGAACCACUGCACUUUGCACGAACAUCGACCAUUCCCACUCAUGGCGUAUAGCACAUCUUUGAUGAAAAUGAACUUGCCCUAGUUGAAAUAAUACAGAUAACAGUACUGCCCUUGAACCUUGUUCAAGAAUAUUGUGCGUAGGCCUAAAUUCCGAGGUUGUAUACCCUUAUUUCUUGGAUGUUAUGUGGAAGACAGUAUUAUUUACCUGUGUAAGACAGACAGAUGGACAGACUGACACUGAAGUGCCCCAGGCCAAGGGGAAACAUACAGUAUUUUCAUUUAUAUUGUAGUCUCCAUUUCAAAUGCAGUUUCCAUUCCAGCUCUUCUGAGUGUUUGGGCUGCUCUUGAUGGACUCUGUUUUAAACAGCUGUCCUUGAAGGCAGCUAUUCGGUUUAAAUUUUCCGCUUAAAGAGGGCUGCUUUCAUUAAGGGAAUCUGUCUUCUGUAGCAAAUACCACUUGUGUCCCUCAGGAUUGCAUUCUUGCCCCACUUGUAUUGGGCUGUAGGCAGCAGCUUUGCACAUUUAAAUAACUUCACAUUUUCAUAUCUUUGAAACAUUUGUAGUUUUAAUUUGUGCUGAUGAAUGUACUGUUUUAUAAUGAUCUGUUUUCUGAGCUAACUGGCUUUUGCACAUUUGUGUUAAUUUAAACCUACUGUUUUUAUAAAGUAUCUGUGUAAAAUAUUUAUUGGCUUUUGAGCUUGUAAUCUGAAUGCCAUAUAGAAGCUUACCUAAUGUAUAGGUAUUGAUAUUCUGGGAGAAGCUACAUACUCUACACUGUGAGAGUAAAUCAGUAGAGGAAAGGAGAAGAUAGCUUUGUGCGCUGGCACUCCUCAGUCAUAGCAUUCUUUGGCAGAACACAUGAGGAUUGUAUCUUCACUG